AUGAGCGACCUGAGAUGUAGUUCCUCAUGUCUCAGACCCGCAGGAACGACCAGGAUCCAGCGAUGCAUCUGUGUGGUGGGCUUCCUGGACUUGUUUGGGGUGAGCAUGAUCAUCCCGCUGCUGAGCCAUCACGUGAAGGCUCUUGGAGCCGGUCCCACUGUAGCCGGUAUAGUAGUGUCUACAUAUGGGAUCUUACAGUUCUUCUCAAGCACAAUAGUUGGCAGCUGGAGUGACGUGGUGGGACGGAGGUACUCUCUGCUCACCUGUCUGCUGCUGAGUGCUCUGGGCUACGGCCUGCUGGGGAUGUCCACCAGCAUCCCUUUGUUCGUCCUCGCAAGGAUUCCUGUGGGACUGUUCAAGCACUCCCUGUCAAUCUGCAGAGCCCUGCUCUCUGACCUGGUGUCUGAGUCAGAGCGCCCUCUGGUGAUGGGACACUUCAAUGCAGCCUCCAGUGUCGGCUUCAUCCUGGGACCUAUGGUGGGAGGCUACCUCACCGAGCAUGAAGGGGGCUUCUAUACCUCCUCCUUCACUUGUGCAGCCAUCUUCCUCAUGAAUGCGGGACUGGUCUGGAUGCUGCCGUGGAACGAGACACUAGUUCACCGUAACACAAACUCCAGCAAUGACCCAAGUAAACAUUGUCAUGACAACCACUGUUUGGAGACUGUGCAGAAUGGUUCUCAUGCGAAUAGACACCAGACGUUGCCGGCACGAGACGCUCAGCCAGGUUCCGCAGCUCCUUUAAAAAAGCACCAAGGUGGUCUCCGGUGGAGUGAGGUGUCUCUGCUGCAGCCUGUUUGGAGACAGCUGUCGUCAGUGGGCUCCAGGAUAAAAAUGGUAGCCUCUUCUGACAUGUGGGAUCUCUUUCUGGUGCGUCUUCUGAUGGGCAUAGCGAUCAUGCUUUACUACAGUAACUUCUCUCUGGCCAUGGAGGAGCGUUUCCUGCUCAAACCAAAGAUGACGGGUUAUCUGAUCAGCUACAGCAGCACCUUGGGGGCCUUGUCCGGGUUCCUGGUGGGGCCUGUCACGCAGCUCUACAAGAACAACAUGGCCGCUAUGCUGCUUCACUCCACGAUGCUCACCUGCUCACUUAUCUUCCUCUAUUCUGCCGCAGCCAACGUUUGGCAGGUGGUUCUUUCCUCCACCUUCUUCGCCAUUUCCACCUCCAUUGGACGGACGUGUAUAACAGACAUGGAGCUGCAGAGGGGAGGGGUCCAGGCCAGCGGGACUCUGAUUGGCGCGGGGCAGUCGGUUACAGCUGUCGGCCGCGUCUUGGCUCCCCUCCUUUCGGGUCUCGCUCAGGAGUUCAGCCCCUGUGGUCCCCCGAGUCUGGGAGUGGUCCUGGCUCUAGCAGCUGUAGGUUUACUGCUUAUCAGGAUCCCUGAGUGGGACGGGAGAGGAAUGAUCAAAACUACCAAACUGAGUAACUGA